GUUCGAUAACGUCGUAUUUUGGACUGACUCAACUAUAGUAUUAGGAUGGCUACGUAUGCCAUGUAACUUGCUGAAAACGUUUGUUCAAAAUAGGGUCGCGGAGAUUCAUGAACUUACCAAAGACAGUCUAUGUCAAUGGCGGCAUGUUAGUGGUAAAGAUAACCCAGCCGAUAUAGUAUCACGUGGACAAAGUUUAGGUAUGUUAAAAGAAAAUAGUCUUUGGUGGAAUGGCCCUACAUACCUACAUGACCCUCAGUUUGACGUAACGAGCUUGAAGGCACCGUUAGUACCUAAUCACACAGAGUUGCCCGAAAUAAAGCCAACUGCCGUACAAAGUCAUGUAACACAACAAAAUAAUGAUGAGUCAUGGCUUGAUUUUAAUAGGUUUUCACAGUUUGUUCGCAUGCAACGAGCGGGUGCCUACGUCUUAAGGUUUAUUUAUAACGCGCGCAACAAAAUCAAAAGAAUAGGCCCGUUAUCAGUUGACGAACUUAAUGAAUCGCUCACAACACUGACAAAAUUAGCACAAAGGGAAUCAUUCUCCGACUUAUUCAAUAAAAAUGGUCUGUCAGUAUCUAAAUCAAAUAGUUUAUCGAAACUGAAUUUAUUUUUAGAUGAUAAACAAAUUAUUCGUGUGGGAGGUCGCAUACAGAACUCCUUAGAUUUUAGUUUUAAUAAAAAGCAUCCUGCCUUAUUAUCAUCUAAACAUUAUUUCACGCUGUUAUUGUUUAGACAUCAACAUAAACAACUGAUGCACGCAGCUCCGCAGCUUCUGUUGUACACCGUGAGGGAGGCGUGGUGGCCGGUCGCCGGCCGCUCGCUCGCGCGCCGCGUCGUGCACGCCUGCGUCACGUGCGCCCGCCUGCGCGCCCAGACACUACAACCCAUCAUGGGUAACUUACCCGCGCAAAGGUUACAACCUGGGUUUCCAUUCGAACGCUGUGGGGUAGACUACGCUGGUCCUGUGCUCAUAUUGAACCGUAAAGCACCUGCCACCGCCGACCUGCGAGACAAGCCGAUGCUGCGCCUCACACGCUACCAGAGAGUCGAGCAGAUCCGCCAGCACUUCUGGGCCAGGUGGUCCAAGGAGUACGUCUCGGAGCUGCAGCAGAGAAUCAAGUGGAGGACGAGCAGUGAGGACUUGAAGGAGCACACCAUGGUUCUCAUCAAAGAUGACAAUCUACCACCAUUGAAGUGGAGCCUGGGUCGCAUCACACGAGUCUACCCGGGCAGAGAUGGCAUAUCAAGAGUGGCCGAUAUCAGAACCGCCAAUGGGACUACACGCAGGGCAUUCUCCAAAAUAUGCCCGCUUCCUGUGGACGACUGUUCCUGUUGAAACCUGACGGUUCCAAGGCCGGGAGUAUGUUACGGCACACUAGUACGCUAGCUGAUAAGCAGAGCAGCUAAUACACGCACUGAGCACUAGAUGGCGCCACUCUCGGAAUAUCACGUCAUGAACAGCCAAUCAGAGCCAGCCUUCAUCACGACAUAUUCACGGGGACCAAUAAGAAGACGCCAACACGAUGUCCGCCUGCCUACGUCAUUGAAGAAGCCUGUAGAUCCUCACACGCGCAACUAACACUCACACAUUCGAAUUCGCCUCUCACCUAACUGCCACUGUAUAUUUAAAAUAUUGUAAAUAAUUAAUAAAAUCAAAGUCUACACGCAAGAAAGUUGUCGCCUACAUCAUUUCCACAACCACCAACUGGAGAGCCUAUGACCGCAGCCCUAAGCCC